GCGGCUCCGACGCGCCUGUCUGCUUUCCGGCUGGCGCUCGCUGCGCUCCUGCGCCCGCGUCCGCCUGUCUCUCUAGGCCACGCGAGUUGGUUUGGCGUGUUGGAGGGACUUUUGCGUGUAUCUACCUCCUUCAGCCGCCUUUGAGAAAGUGCUAGCACGAGUGGAUAUGCCCGUGCUGGGUAAGCAGAGUCGGCCUUCCGCCUUCACGUAGCCGGAAGUGAAGCCGAGAAUUCGCUGCUGUGUAGUGCUAGCCACAUCCCUGAUUGUACACUGUCUGCUCCAGGGGAGCCGCUUACCUUGAUCUUGAAAAAGCAGGGAUUGGUGGCGAGCCAGAGUCCUCCAGCCUUAAGGACCUGGCAUCACUCAGGCUAACACUGAAAGGCUAAAAACUGGGAAGCCAGCGGGGCGGCAUCACUUGUGGCUAGAAAGAGAGCAGGUGUCGCACUUUCUGGGUCAGAGCACAGGACACCCGGGCGGGAAGGACCGUCGUCAGAAAAUCAGCUUUUGACUUCAGAAGACCACAGGCGAGAGGAAGGCCGCCUGAGAGCCGAAGUGCAGCCACCACGGACGCCCUGGAUGCACAAAUCCAACCCAGAUAGCCAUGGCACGGGGCGGAGUCUCUCUUCCAUCUACACCAGCACUGACCCCUUCCUGGUUUCCCUCGCCUGCCCAGAUGGACUCCUCUACAGGAUACCAGGAGAUUCCAUCGUCAUUGCCUUUUGGGUGAGCCUGGCUACUUUCGUGGUGCUCCUCUUCCUCAUUCUGCUCUACAUGUCCUGGUCAGGCUGCCCACAGAUGAGGCACAGUCCUCAGGCCCACCAAAUAUGUCCAUGGGGUCACAGCCUCAACCUCCCCUUUUGCCUCCGGAGGGUCUCCCUGCAGACAACAGAGGAGCCAGGAAGCAGAACAGACACAGACCAAUGGUUACAGCAGGAAAGUCCUUCUGCCUCACACCCUGCACCUCUGGAUCUCCCCUAGGACCAAGGUUCAGGAUGGGGGUUCCCAGGGCAUCAGCUGACCUCAAGAAUGGGCAAUGUGCAGUGGUGAGCCUGGAGACAGAACUUCUCAACUGUAGAGCCGAUGAAUCCAGCCAUUGUAGAGCCAAUCAUGGCCAAGGGAACUAGAGAACUCAAACCAACCUGGACAGCUAUGUCUUCCUAAGGCCAUUUACAAUGGUCUUAAAUGUAGCAAGAAACUGACCAGGUAACAGACCAGGUCCACAAGGACGACCAUCACAGACAUUAAUAGUCUGGCAAGGACGGAGAAGCUGCCCUAGACACAGCUGAUGCAGCUGAGUAUGCCUAACCCGCUUGCUGCUUACAUUUGCUUGGGAUGCAUAGGAAAAUAAAACAUGAGUCAGGAUAAAGGGUA